AGCGCAACACCCAAGAAAGGCAACACAAAUGGCAGACAAGGUGUCCUCGCUGGUCAUCACGGUUGAUCUCUCUUGCUGCCGGUCAUUCAAAAAGAUCCGGAAAACUCUGUGCAAGCUGCAAGAGAGCGAGGAUAUCAGGGCGAUCGUGUACGACGACAAGGCCGGGACGGUGACGGUCUCCGGCGGUUUCGACCCGCUCGUGCUCCCCUGCAAGCUUCACCGCAGGGCCGGCAGUGUGAUCAAGGACAUCCAUCUCAAGGAGGAGAGGAAGAAGCAGGAGGCGCCACCGCCGCCGCCGCCGCCGCCGCCACCCGCGCCGGCGUCGGCAGCGAGGGCGUUCUUCUGCAGCGCAUGCGGCACCCCCACGGCCCUGGGGAGCGUCUGCCUGUGCCACGCGCACUGCCACGGUUGUGGCUGCCGGUGCUGCUCCCCUGCACCACUGUGCUAUGGCGCGCCGAACACAGGAGGGCGCUCCUGUAUCCAGUGCGCCUAUGACGAACCGUCUCCAAUUUGCAGUAUCAUGUGAGGGCCUUGUGCGUUGGUGAUUUCGUGAUCCCAUCCCAUGGUACAUUUCAGAAGACAAGACACUAGUAUGUAGUACUAAUUAGAGGAAUAAGACCAAACAUUCAGAAGCAUCAUUUGCAUGUAAGAAAAAAUAUAAUUGAGA